GCACGCGGAGUGGUUCCGCGGAGGUCUGUGGUUGCGAGCGCCCGCACUUCGUGACUAAUGGAGAGCGGAAAGCUCUUUCCUCUGGUCUACAGCCGUUUGUUCUCGGUGGCGACUGUGCCCACCGGCGGGCUGGAGAGAAGAGGGAAGGAAGGAUAAUCGGUAUCAGAUUUCAGAGAAGAAAAGAAAACGCGGAGGUUAAUUCUAGAAGGGUCCAUCUAAGGCAGAAGUUGGAAUGCUUAUGAGGCCACCAUAGGGACAAAAGCCUGCAAGCUCCAUGAGAACCGUGGGUGAUUUCUCCUCCGGCCUUCUGGGUGUCCUGUCCACACUUGACCUAGGAGACUGUCCUGAAGACCUAUGGAACCUGCUACUCCCCUGCAUUCUUGCCUGCUAGCCUCCCUUCUCUUCUUCCUGGUCCUCAGCCUGUUUGUGCUGGUCUCAGGUAAGGCUGUAGGCGUCUGGCUCCUGUCAGCUUUUCAGAAAGCAAUGCCCACAGUUCUGCUGACGGACAGCCAGGAGCUGCUGUGUUGGCUCAUCCUUCUAUUCUGAAUGUAUACACAGGAUGGAUCCCAAUUUUGUCCUACAGAAAUACAGCAAGAACCUAAAAGGAGACCUGUAAAUGCUCCUGUAAAAUUUCAAGUGGAAACAUUCAAGAGUUAAAAACAGAUGAAGUAGAUUUUAAUGAUAUAUAUUGUUUAACUCCACAUCAUCAAAUACUAAUACUUAAAUGCUUACCUUGCCAGGUGUGGUGGUGUACACCUAUAAACUUGGGCAACUGAGACAAGACUGCCAAGAGUUCAAGGCCAGCCAGGGGUACAUAACAAGACACUGUCUCAUAAAACAAAACAAGGGGGCUGGGAAUGUGGCUCAGUUGGUAGAGUGUUUGGCUAACAUGCACAGCUGUGGUUUGAACCCUGGGUCUGUGCCACACUCAGGCACUGGGCUGAAGAACAAGUCAUUCUGAGCACUGGUCUACUGUGUGUGUGCUCAGGGUGACCUCAGUGUUCUGUUCAUGUGGGCGCUGGUUUGUUGGUUUUUUUUUUCUGCUUUUGUUCAUGGUGGACUUGCAUUUGCUACAUAGCUGAAGCCGACUUUAAAGAGCUGAUCCUCCAGCCUCAUCUCCUGAGUGCUGGGAUCAUGGGUGUGCAUUAUGCACAACUCAGUAUUUUGCUCUUGAAAUAUUUGCAGCAUCUUUGGGUUGUUCCAAGAGACGCUGCUCACCAGCCACAGCUACCAGCCCAUCUAGGAGGCCCCCGUAACCUUCCAGCCUUUUCAGUUCUCCAGGCCACACUAGCUGAAGGAUUUCCAGGACCACACAUUAGUGAUGUGGAGCCCAGUUUACUGUCAUGGGACCGGCUGAGCCCAUCCUGGCCAUGGUAGGAGAAAACACCACACUGCACUGCCACCUGUCACCAGAGAGAAAUGCUGAGGGCAUGGAGGUGCGGUGGUUUCGGUGGCGUUUCUCCCCUGCAGUGCUGGUGUACAGAGGCCAUCAGGAGAGAGCCGAGGAGCAGAUGGCGGCAUACCGAGGAAGAACCACCUUCAUGAGCGCAGACAUCAGCAAGGGAAGAGUGGCGCUCAUGAUCCACAAUGUCACGGCCUAUGACCAUGGCGUCUACAGCUGCUACUUCCAGGAAGGCAGGUCCUAUGAUCAGGCCAUCGUGAGGCUCAUGGUGGCAAGCCUGGGCUCUGAGCCCCUCAUUAAAAUGAAGACCCUUGAGGAUGGGAGCAUCUUGCUGGAGUGCACAUCUGAAGGGUGGUACCCAGAGCCCCGAGCUGUGUGGAGAGACCCCUAUUAUGAAGUUGUGCCUGCCCUGGAGGAAGAGUAUACAGCUGACAGAGGAGGCCUCUUCACAGUCACCAUGACUGUGAUCAUCAGGGACUGCUCUGUGAGGAACAUGAGCUGCUCUGUUAACAACACUCUGCUCAACCAGGAGGUGGAGAGCGUGAUUUUCAUUCCAGAAUCCUUCGUGCCCAGCUUUCCUCUCUGGAUGGUGGCCAUGGCUGUCACUCUGCCUGUACUAACGCUGAUCCUCUUCACGUCUGGAAGUAUCUGCCUUGUCAAGAAACACCACAGGAAAAAAUCGAUUCUGUCAGCUGAAAAGGAAGUUGAAUAUGAAGAAAAAGAAACUGCACGGCGACUUCAAGAAGAACUGCGAUGGAGAAGAACCCUCUUACAUGCCGCUGAUGUGGUUCUGGACCCAGAUACAGCUCACCCUGAGCUCUUCCUGUCAGAUGACCAGAGAAGUGUAAGACGAGGCGCUUCGAGGCAGAGCGUGCCUGACAACCCUGAGAGAUUUGACUGCCGGCCGUGUGUCCUGGGCCGGGAGAGCUUCUCCUCAGGGAAGCAUUACUGGGAGGUGGAGGUGGAAAACGUAAUGGUGUGGGCCAUUGGGGUUUGUAGAGACAGUGUUGAAAGGAAAGGGGAGGCCCUGUUGGUUCCUCAGAAUGGCUUCUGGACCCUGGAGAUGUUUGGAAGCCAGUAUAGAGCCCUGUCCUCCCCAGAGAAGAUCAUACCUCUGAAAGAGCGUCUUCACCGAAUAGCCAUCUUCCUGGACUGUGAAGCUGGAGAUGUUUCUUUCUACAACAUGAGAGACAGGUCACACAUCUACACAUGUGCCCCUGUGGCCUUUGCUGGGCCCCUGAGACCCUUCUUUAGGCUCGGGUCUGAUGACAGUCCCCUCUUCGUCUGCCCAGCAUUCACGGGAGCACAGGGAAUCACAAUACCCGAGGGCGGGCUGAUCCUACACAGGACAAGACCAGUUUCUCAGAGCCACAUAAAGAAGCCAUAGCUCUCAUCUACCACUGCGCAGCACCGUCCGGUGAGAGCAGGCCCUGUGUCCUUCAGGUCACCUCAAGCAUCUUCCAGCUGUCUCCUUCACACAUGCUUCCGGCUCAUGCUCCAGUUCACUCCUUCAGUAGUUCAUUUGCUUCUGUGGGCCUACACCCAGUCUUAUUGGACCGCUGCUAUCACACAGCUCUCUGCUGAGAAGAAAGUAUGAGAAGGGGAGAUGUUGCUAGAGUUUUCCUGGUCCUGCCUGGCCCAUGGUCAGGACAAAUCUCUCUUACCCGCCAAUCCCGAAGCCGCUCAGACCCAACCAAGUAAACACACAGAGACUUAUAUUACUUAUAAACUGUGUGGCUGUGGCAGGCUUCUUGCUAUCUGUUCUUAUAUCUUAAAUUAACCCGUUUCUAUAAAUCUAUACCUUACCACGUGGCUCAUGGCUUAUCAGUAUCUUACAUCAUGCUUCUCCUUGUGGCAACUGGCAGGGUCUCCCCCGGCUUUUUUUUGUAAUUUGCAGCUUCAAUGUGAUGCUCUGGCCACAGUGGACAAGACAAGAGCAAUAGGGAGCAUCAGAAUGUAAGAACUGCAGAGGAAGGGGACAGAUGAAUCCAAAUUGAAGCCAUAGAUGGAAGAAAUGGAUCAGAGAGCUUGGGGUGGGCCCCAUAGGACAGCUGUGGGGAGGUAGGAGCUAAUGAUCCAUUGAUAUCCAAGGCCGAAGAUUUUUAUGCAUAUAAUAAAGAUGUCUAGAGUGUGUGUCGGCAGGUCUGAACAUGGGAGGAAAGAAUGAACAGGGACGAUCUGGAUACAAGUUGGCUCAGAUGUCCUUACAGUAAGCACUUAGUUCUGAGUCCCGUGUCCUGUGUCCAUGCUUAAUCAGAGUGGCUUGAGACUUGACGUUCCUGCUGAGCAGCCAGGUCCAUAUGGUUCAGGUUUACUGGAGACAGCAGCAGUUCAAGUUUCUUAGGCUCAGGCUCCUUCUUCUCCUCCUCCUCAUUCAAGAUAGGGUCUCACUGUGUAGACCAGGCUAGCUUGGAACUCCCAGAAACCAGCCUGCCUCCACCUCUGGAGGUCUGAGAUUAAAGACACGCACAACCAUGCUCAGUUUAUGAUCUUAUGAUAUAUGCAAAUGAUUAAGCUUCUGUUCUCUUAGGUUCGUACCUACUGAGGUUUUUUCGGUUUUUCUCUUGAGACAUGGUCUUACUGUGUAGCACUGCUGUUGAACUCUUGACUCUCUCACCCAUGUUUUUAUGUUCUUGUUAUCAUUGUUUCAAGACGGCAUCUCAUUAUGUAGUUCUGGCUGUCCUGGAACUCACUAUGUACUGUAGGCUGGCCUUGAACUCAAAGAGAUCUGCCUCUGCCUCCUGAGUGCUGGAAUUGAAGGUGCGCUCCACUACCCUGGGCUUCACCCCAUAUCUCCAGUGUGGGGAUUAUAGGCUUAUGCUAUCAUGCCUAACUAAUGUCUUUUGCUACUUAUGGCAUUUGAAGUCAAAACAACUUUUAUGUAUUAAUUCAUAUUAAAUUAAUAAAAAUUACCAUAGUUUCA